CAAACUGUCAAAGAGUUUGUGAAGACCUCUUACGAAAGCGGGAUUGCAAAAUAUUGGGGAAUCGAGAAUCAGAUGAUGGAAAUGCAGCAAAAACUCAGCAGGUUACAAGAUGAAUUUAAUGUUGAAACCGUCGUUGAGGAUGCAGAGGCUCGGACUUUGAUGGCUCAAACGGCAUUGAAAUCGUGUGAAGAAACUUUGAUUCAUUUGCAUGAGAAACAAGAAAGAUAUCUCCAAGAAGCGAGAGAAGAAUACAAGAAGAUUGAAGAUGCCAGUCGUCUAUUGAAGUCCCUCAGGCCCGAACAUCUUAGUGAUGAAACUGAUAAAAAAGCACCAACUGAGAGCUCGACUAAAGAAGUGGACGAUGGGAUACAAGAGAAGCACAAAGUUGAGGAAAUACCGGAGAAAAAAGACCCUGAAGAUGGCUCCUCGGAAUCUCUCACUUUGAUGAAAUUGACCGAGAAAAUUGAUGAACUUGUUGAAAAGGUGGUCAGCUUAGAAACUGGAAUGUCAUCUCAGACUGUUCUUAUCAAUAGAUUAAGAACAGAAGCUGAUGAUCUCCUUGCACAGAUUCGGGAUUUGGUAAACGAAAAGGAGACUCUAAUUAAUGGAACCCAUAAUACGGGUAGCAAGUUGAAAGAAUUAGAGGGAAAAUUGCACAUGCUUCAGGAGCUAAACAAAAAUGCGGAAGAUCAAAACAACAAUCUCCAUAUGAACUUUGCUGAAGCUCGUUCAAGUCUUGAUCACUUGUCUGAAAAACUGACUAGUGUGAAGCCAGAUGAAGCACGGGAGGAUACUGAUUCAUUGCAAGACAAUAAGGAACCUGCUGUUAAAGUCGAGUUGCGAGACGCUCCAAAUCCUGAUGAACUUGAUAAAAACCUUAGUGCUUCAAGAACAGAAUUUGGAGAGCAAGUGAAAGAUGGGGAUAUGAUGGAUCAGGGUCAGGAGGCAUCUGAUAAUAUUAGACAAACUGAAGGUGAAAAGGUGACUAAAAAAACUGUCACGUUUUUGGACUCGAAAGCAGAGGAAGUUUCUGAAGAACAUUCAAGGCAAAGAGAGAAUGAGCUUCUCAACAAUAAGUCGCAGGGAGAUGAAGAGAAAAAAGAAGAGCUAAACUGGCAGCUGAUACUCUUGAAUGGACUAGAGGACAGAGAGAAGAUUAUGCUAACAGAAUACACUGCGAUUCUUAGGAAUUAUAAAGAUUUAAAGCGUAAACUUAGUGACAAGGAGAAGCAAGACAAAGAUGUACAAUUUGAGACCACAGUGCAAAUGAGAGGCAUGAAGAUUGCUAUUGCAAAAAGGGAUGCAGAAAUUCGUCAAUUACGCCAAAAAUUGAACCUUCGUCAAUCAAAAUUGGGUGAAAAUAAUGAUUCUGAAUUGAAUGGUGAUGCCAAUCUUCCCUUCACUAACGAAGAAGGUAAAAUCAAGUUCGUCUUCAUUGAUAAAGAUCCUGCUAUUUCAGUUGUUGAGGAAAAGCUCCAGAGGGAUAUUGAUGCAAUAUUAGAUGGAAACUUGGACUUCUGGUUAAGAUUUAGCACUGCCUCUCAGCAAAUCAAGAACUUCAAGACUGAGGUCCAAGAUUUACAGGACAAAGUGGCAAAACUUGAUGAGAAAAAGAAACAAGAAGGAAGCAUUAAACCGGACCUAAAACCAGAGAGCCGACUAAUAUACAAGCACCUGAGAGAGAUACAGAAAAAACUAACAGCAUGGGUGGAGCAAAACGUGUCCAUAAAAAAUGAACUAAACUGCAGAUUUGAAUCUUUAUGUCAUGUUGAGAAAGAAAUCAGAAAGGCUUUCGAGGGUUCUGAAGAUGACGAAAUUAUAUUAAGUAGUUAUCGAGCUGCAAAGUUUCAAGGUGAGAUUUUGAAUAUGAUACAAGAAUAUAAGAAGAUUGAGAAAGAACUUCAAGCAGGUUUUGAUGAUGUGGCUGCAUGCCAACUUGAAAGUGAAACCACACUACAGAAGUUGAACAAUGAAUUUGGUAUUUCUGGUUAUCAACAACAGUCGAGGCAUUCCAUGAACCGGCCCCGAGUUCCAUUACAAGUAUUUAUCUUUGGAACUAAACCAAAAAAAUACAGGCAUUCAUUCUUCUCUUGUACAAGGCCUAACAGAAAAUUCCAGGCCCUGAGAGGAGGUAAACAUUGAUUAUUAUUGUUUUUCCUGUUAUUGUUCAUAAUGACCUGUCUUAAUUUUGUUUUUGAAGUUCAUAUGAGAACUAACUAUUAAUAGAGGUUUUCCUAUAUUCA